CCAAUCCGAUCCAAGCCUCAUCAGCGUCGUCGUGUCCAACGCUGCAAAAGAAGCCGGCACAUCGCCCACCGUACGAGCGGCACAAGCUUAGGAAAGAACCCGCCAGCGUAAACGAAACCAAAAAAUGGGUUCUACGAGCUUCUGGGACGUGGUGAAGCGCUUCUCGGAGGAGUACACCACGAGCACGCCCAAGAAGAUGAAGAUCAUCGACGCGUACCUGCUGUACGUGCUUCUCACGGGAGUGGUGCAGUUCGUGUACUGCUGCAUCGCCGGCACGUUCCCGUUCAACUCGUUCCUGUCGGGCUUCAUCACCUGCGUGGCGUCCUUCGUGCUGGGCGUCUGCCUGCGCCUCCAGGCCAACCCGCUGAACAAGGGACAGUUCUUCGGCAUCAGCUCGGAACGGGCGUACGCCGACUUUAUCUUCGCACACGUCGUCUUGCAUCUCGUCGUCAUCAACUUCAUUGGCUAGGUCGGGGGCACUCUGGCUCGACCCUAGCGGCACAAGCCUGCUACCUUCGUUAUUCUCAACUGUUCCCAAUAAA